ACUCUUGUUUUCUUCAUCUCCAAUAGCAACUUAGUUCCAUUAAUUCUCCAUCAGUGUUGUUCUUCAAUCUUUUUGUUCAUAGAUAUAUACUGAUACAUAGAAGCCAUGCAGGGGAGAGAAAUCACAGGACUGAACUAUUUACUCCCUUCAGACCCUUAUCCUUACCCUUCUCACUGCAGCAUGACUCAGAACACCAUCCCCACAUUUCAACUCCACAAACUCUCAAACCAGUUCUAUGGUUUCCAAAACCCUCAGCAAAUGGUUGCAGAAUUCAGCCCCCCUCAGUCCUCAUGCAUCAGCAGCACCACCUCCACCUCUGAUGAAGCUGAUGAGCAGCAUCAAAGUCUCAUCAAUGAGAGGAAACACAGGAGGAUGAUUUCCAACCGUGAAUCAGCACGAAGGUCACGCAUGAGGAAGCAGAAGCACCUUGAUGAACUCUGGUCGCAGGUGGUUUGGCUCAGGAAUGAAAACCACCAGCUUAUGGACAAGCUCAACCAUGUGUCUGAAUCACAUGACAGAGUUUCUCAGGAGAAUGUUCAGCUCAGAGAAGAAGCCUCAGAACUUCGCCAAAUGAUAUGUGACAUGCAGCUACAUAGUCCUUACCACCCUCCUCCCCUCAGCCCCAUUGACGAUGAUGUCUCUCCCUAUGUCAAAUCUGAUUCCUCCAUCACCAGCUCCUUCAACCUGCUUGGUUGAAUUUCAAGACAAGACCAAAUCUUCAAUUUUUCUUCUCCGAGUUCUUGUGUGUGUGUGAAUUGUUGUGGAAGUACAAAUAGUAGUAGUAGUAGCAGUAGUAGUCUUUGCCUCCCUUUUGAGAUGUAUGAGGUGAAACCAUAACAUAACAUAAACGGCAAUGACAUGUUCUUGAGUUUCUAA